AUGAAGACUACGCUCAUCAUCGCCUCUAUCUUGGCCACGGCCUUUGGCGCGCCCGCUCUUUCACCAGCUACCCGCCGCCAGGCUGAUGACAAUCUCCAAUCUUUCACUGGCGCACUUGGAGGCAUCGAAGCAACACCAGUCACUGACUCUGGCAACGCCGCACGUCCAUUUCAGGUGAAGGGUGACGCUUUUGUCAACAUUGGUGCUGCUCUUGCCCGAAGCUGCGAUCAGCAAUUCAAUGCUUGUGCCAACGCUGCGAACGGUGGAGAUGCCACUCUAAGUGUAUCCGCCUGUUCCACUCAGCAGAAUCAAUGUACAGCUAGCGCACAGGGAAGUGCAGUGCCUGCUCAAGGCAAUGCGAAUGCUAACUCAGGAAGUGCUGGGAAUGCCAAUGCUAGCAAUGGUGAUUCCAAUAGAAAUGCAGCUUCUUGUAAGAAGAAGCAGAAGACGAAGGACAAUGCCAAAAUCGGUAAUGCCAAUGAAAAACAAGAAACAAUGUAA